UCGGGCGGGCUGGGCCGGCGGGCGGUUAGCGCUCCGUUCGACGCGGGGAGGGGCGGCACGCCGGGCGCUGCACGGCCUCGGCCGACGCGGGCGGCGGUGGCGGCGGCGGCGACGACGGCGGUCGGGCUCUCGGGUCCUCUGCCCCGGGCCGGAGCCAGUCGGUACCCCGGCGGAGAGGCCGGCAGCCGGGCUCCCCGGCCCCGGGCUCUCCCCGGCUGGGGCAGCUGCGGCAAGGAGACGAUGUCUGCUCGCGCCCCGGUGCCCGCCGCUCACUCUCGGGGGGAGCUGUCCGCGGCGGCUGCCGAGAGGGAGUCGCUGUCGGCCGCGGCGAGCCGGCAGGCGGAGCAGCUGCCCCCGCCCGAACGGGAGGGCAAGGAGGCGGCGAGGGAGGAGAGGGCCGCGUCCGCCACCAGCGCGGGGGCGCGGGGAGAGCCGUCGCCGGUGCCGGUACUGGGACACAGCGUGCCCCAGGCGGCCGUGCCCGUGAGGCCCCUGGCGGUGCACCUGGCGCACAAGACCCGCGGGCCGGGGGGCCCCUUCGGCGGAGAGCCGCCGCCACCGCUGUCGCGGGACCCGACGAUUAAAGACGCCCGGGAGAAGGAGGCGGCGGCCGGUCCUGAGGAAAAGCUGCGGCGGCCGCCGCCGCCCCCGCCUAAGGAGAAUCCCUGGACCAAAAAGCCUCCCCAGCACCUGUCCCCCGCCGGGACGGGGCCGCCGCCGCCCCCACUGGAAACCCUGGAGGCAGAGCUCAGUUCCCCCAAAAUUAUAAAAGCAGGAAAACUCAAGACAAAGAAAUCCAACAAGGCUAGUGAUUUCAGCGAUAUGGCAAAUUGGCCAACACCAAGUGAAUUAGUGAACACUGGAUGUCAGAGUGUCCUCAGCCAAGGAAAUAAGAAGCCACAAAAUAGGAAAGAAAGAGAAGACAAGGUCGAAAAGAGAAGUAACAGUGAGAGCAAAGAAAGCCGGGAAACAAAAUUAGAUGGUCCUGGAGAAAAUGUCAGCGAGGAUGAGGCUCAGUCAAGUAAUCAACGAAAGAGAGCUAAUAAGCACAGGUGGGUACCACUCCACUUAGAUGAUGUAAGACCAGACAGUCAAGAAAGACCAGGAUCCCGGAACAACUCAAGAUGUCAACUUGAAGUAAAUAAAUCAUCACAUAACAAUAGGAGAAAUGAUACACGAAGUUGGAGGCGUGAUAGAGAAAAGAGAGAUGAUCAAGAUGAAGUUUCCAGUGUGAGAAGUGAGGGUGGUAAUAUUCGAGGUUCCUUUAGAGGCCGAGGAAGAGGCCGGGGACGCGGAAGAGGACGAGGCAGAGGAAAUCCUCGAGUGAACUUUGAUUAUUCAUAUGGUUAUCGAGAACAUGGUGAAAGGACUGAUCAACCAUUUCAGACAGAACUUAAUACCAGUAUGAUGUAUUACUAUGAUGAUGGUACAGGCGUACAGGUGUAUCCUGUGGAAGAAGCAUUGCUUAAAGAGUAUAUUAAGCGCCAAAUUGAAUAUUACUUCAGUAUAGAAAAUUUGGAACGGGACUUCUUUCUUAGGAGAAAGAUGGAUGAACAAGGUUUCUUGCCUAUUUCCCUGAUUGCUGGUUUCCACCGUGUUCAGGCUCUCACUACAAACCUGAAUCUCAUUUUAGAGGCACUGAAGGAUAGCACAGAAGUGGAAAUUGUGGAUGAGAAAAUGAGAAAAAAAAUAGAACCAGAAAAGUGGCCAAUUCCGGGCCCUCCUCCACGUAGUGUGCCACAAACAGACUUCUCACAACUGAUUGAUUGCCCAGAGUUUGUACCAGGCCAAGCCUUUUGUUCACAUACAGAGUCUGCCCCAAAUUCUCCAAGAAUUGGAAGUCCACUGAACCCAAAGAAAAAUACUGACACAAGUAAUCUUCAAGCAAUGUCUAGAGGUUUGUCUACCAGUUUGCCUGACUUGGACUCAGAACACUGGAUAGAAGUCAAAAAGAGACAUCAUCCAUCCUCAGUGAAACUGAGGGAAUCGACAUCUCUACCUGAAGAGGGAGCAAAUCAACUGUAUCCUCCAGAUGAAGAAGAACAAGAAGAACUUGAUUUUUUGUUUGAUGAAGAGAUGGAACACAUAGAAGCACGAAAAAACACAUUUACUGGUUGGUCUGAUAAUGAUUCAGAUUAUGAAAUUGAUGACCAGGAUUUAAACAAGAUUUUGAUUGUAACUCAGACACCACCUUACAUGAGAAAACAUCCUGGAGGAGAUCCAACGGGCAACCAUAUGUCUCGGGCAAAAAUUACAUCUGAGCUUGCUAAAGUUAUCAAUGAUGGCUUAUAUUAUUAUGAACAGGAUCUGUGGAUGGAAGAAGAUGAAAACAAACACACAGCCAUAAAGCAAGAAGUUGAGAACUUUAAGAAGCUAAAUCUCAUUAGUAAAGAGCAGUUUGAAAACCUAACACCUGAACUUCCUUUUGAGCCAAACCGAGAAGUUCCUGUAGCACCUUCACAGUCCAGGCAAGAUUUGACUGAUGAAUUAGCUCAAAAGGUGUUUGAUGUUUCAGAAAUAUCUUCAGCAACAAUGGCCCAUUCAUUGCCCACAGGAGUUCCAGAAUCUCCUAGAAUUUAUCCUGCAAGGACACCAAAAACACCUCGAACACCCAGGUUACAAGACCCAAACAAAACACCGAGAUUUUAUCCUGUUGUUAAAGAACCAAAAGCCGUUGAUGUACAGAGUCCAAGAAAGAGAAAAACAAGACAUAGUACAAACCCCCCUCUAGAGUGUCAUGUUGGUUGGGUUAUGGAUUCCAGAGAUCAUGGGCCAAGAACAUCCUCUGUCAGCAGUUCAAACGCUUCACCUUCAGAAGGUGCACCACUAGUAGGAAGUUAUGGAUGUACUCCUCAUUCAUUCCCAAAGUUUCAGCACCCUUCUCAUGAACUUUUGAAAGAAAAUGGCUUUACCCAACAAGUGUACCUCAAGUAUCGUCGAAGGUGCCUAAGUGAGAGAAAACGCUUGGGAAUUGGCCAGUCCCAAGAAAUGAAUACCCUCUUUCGUUUCUGGUCCUUUUUCCUCAGAGAUCACUUCAAUAAAAAAAUGUAUGAGGAAUUUAAACAACUUGCUUGGGAAGAUGCAAAAGAAAAUUACAGGUAUGGCUUAGAAUGUCUGUUCAGGUUUUAUAGUUAUGGACUGGAAAAAAAAUUCAGACAAGAAAUUUUUAAGGAUUUCCAAGAAGAAACCAAAAAAGACUACGAAUCUGGUCAGCUGUAUGGAUUAGAAAAGUUUUGGGCUUAUCUAAAAUAUUCUCAAUCUAAGACACAGUCUGUUGACCCAAAACUUCAGGAAUAUCUCUGUAGCUUUAACAGGUUGGAAGACUUCCGUAUUGAUCCUCCUAUUAGUGAGGAAUUUGGAAGAAAAAGACAUUCAUCUACUUCUGGUGAGGAGAGUAACCGUCAUAGACUUCCGUCUAAUUCCUCUACAAAGCCACUGAACGCUGCUAAUCAGCUUGAGGUCCCAGUACUCUCUCCCCGAACGGGUACUUCCCAGGAGUCCAGUGACGACUCGCACCAGCACAGUGCUGCCGCAACAGAUGGUGAAAGGCCUGAGAAAUAGACUCUCAUGAAAGCGGUUUGCCCUUGAAAUCUACGUUUACGCCAGUCUUUGUUUGGGAAGAAUCUUCUGAUGUUUAAUUGUGAUAAUCAGAGAAAAGAAAAAGAAAGAAAAUGGUAGCGUUUUUUUUCUAGCAAGAUAAAUUCUAAAAACAUUUUCCCUGAUUUCAUGAUCAAGGGUGGUUUUGGUGACCUUUCAUAGAGAUCCUCUAGUAACGUAUUUUGGUCUCAGUAUUUUUCAAAGCCAUUGGUUACAAGAACAGCAUUCCUUAAAUAUAUACAGAACCACACAAGGAAUGCUAACAUUUCAGCUCAUACUUCUUAAAGAAGAUAUAGUAGGUUGUAUUCAUCCUUCUAUAGAGCUUUCUUAAAGAAUCCAAUUCCCCACUCUCAAUUCAUAUUUGAACUUAUCAAAAACAAAGGAAGAUUAUGUAUAUAUUUUUUUAAUUUUGAAAAAGAAUAUGAAAUGAUACAUUUUCUUUUCUUUUAGAUGUUUAGUUUAAAGGAAACUUUUUUUUACACAAAAGUAGAAAUAUAUUGCAGUUAUAUUGAAGUAUAUGCCCUUUGGAUGCUGAGUUUUGCUUUUUCCCCCAGUCAUACCUCAUGAUUUCCAUGGUUACUGUGUUGGUGUGGAGUCUUCUGAAUUGGCAUCAGCUGGUUACGUAUUAGGAGAGAUUUACUUUUUGUGACUCUAUAUAAACCUGCACAAGUAAUUGAAAACUGGGUUGGGAUUGGUUGCAAUAUUGUCCCAAAUUCAUUAAAUCUUGCACCGUUUUGAUUGCAUCUGCUGUUUGUACAUCUGCAGGUGGGUAUGUCAGUCAGUCAGGUUAUCUUCAAUUUACAAGGGGUACUUAGUUUUUUCUUUUUGUUUCUUUUAGUUUUGUUUUAUGCUCAUAAGUGUUUUUGAGAGUUAUAGCAGAUUGAUUUCUAAUUUUUAUUGCUAUUGUGACUGGUGUAAAUGAUAGUUUCAGUUUUUGUGGGAAUUUAAAAAAAUAAAGCAUUUAUUUUAAAUUAUUUGAAUUGAUUUUUAAUUAUUUUUGUUUAGAAUAUAGUUGAAAAGCUAUAAUAUUCAAAUUCUGCUAGUAGGGGACCAUUAUAUUUUGUGAAUGAAGUUUCGGUUAUAAACUUAUAACCAUUUUUAUUUAGCACAUAUAUUUUCUUGUAUUGGCAGAAGCAGGUAGUUUAAUACACUAAAUUUAUUAUUUUCUUUUUAAUGUCUUGUUCUUUUAGAAUGACAACAUUGAAAUAUAUAUAAUUUUCUUUGAAUAAAUGGGCUAUUCAUCAGUAAAGAGAUUUUCAAUAGGGUAUUUCCUAUGCAUAAAUGAUAAUCUGCAGCUUUAUAAUAUUUAAUAUUUUGGGGUCAUUUUGAGGUUUUAAUUUUCAGAAAUAGUCACCUUUGAAUAUUCAGGAAAUAAAUUUUACUUAAAGAUCUUGGAAAGAUAAUGCAAAACAACUAAUGGAUUAGAAUAAUAAACUUUAAAUGUUGUCUUAAUUGGAUGUGUAGUUCUGGCCUUUCAGUGAGAAAUUUCCAAACUAUGCUUAUUAGCUUUAAGUGGGCUUUUGAAAUGAUCUAAAAAUUUUUCUCAAUAUCCUUUUUGUGUUGUGAAGACAUACAUCUGAAACUUGGAUUUAACCUAAGAUUAUUUCUACUUACCUAAAUAUGGAAGUGUAAAUUUGACUGGAAAAUCAUCCAUUUUAUAUGAAAAUACAGUAAUCAAGAGUUUUGUGAUGUGUAAUAAAUUAGUAAUUUUAUCAUCUUAUUUUGAUUAUAAAAGUAAUACAUGUGCACUGGGAAAUUUAGAAAAGGACAAUGAAGAAAAUAAAGUACCUUUUAAAAAACAAAAAAACAAAAUUGGUAUCAUGCUGUACAUUCAGUGUUAUAAUCUGCUUUUUCACGUAGUAGAGGUAAGCAUUUUCUGAUGUCCUUAGUAUCUCUGCACCAUGACUUUUACAAGUUAUGUAGUAUUCCAGCGUAUGGAUGAGCCGUGGUGUAUUUAGCUGAUCGCUUAUUGUUGAACUUUAGCAUGUGGCCAGGUUUGAGCUGUUAUAAACAACAAUUUAAUUAAUAAUAUUACUAUGGAUAAGUCUUUGUGUAUAAAUUUGUGUAUUUGUUGCCUAGCAUAAACUCCUAGAAAUUGAAAUUCUAAGUAAAAACGUAUUCCCAUUUAACAAACUCUAGAAUGGUCACACAAUUUAUACUUUCACCAACAGCAUCUGCUUUUCUACGUCCUCACCAACACUGAUUAUAAUAAAUCUUUCUCUUUGAUAGAUUGAAAAGCAAAAAAUAUUAUUUUAAGAUCAUUAUUAACAUCAUCAUUUAAACCAGGUUACUAAUGAGUGAUAAUUUUUAUUGUUUAUUAACUAUAUUAUUUGUGGAUGGCUUGAUCAUAUCCUUUAUGUUUUCUUUUUGGAGUGAUUAUCUUUUUCUGAUUGAUUUGUAGAGCUUUUUUACUUACCAAGAAUAUUAACCCUUUACUUUCUAAUUUUGUGUAUGUAUGUUUGACAUGGUAUGUACAUGUUUUGGGUAAAAUUUAAAACAAUUAUGCCACUAUAAGGAAAUUUCAAAUGUAAAACUCAAGCAAAUAAAAGCAUUGUUCAAUGAAAAUAACAUUAACUAUAAAUCUAAAUAGGCCUACCCAAAAUUUAUGUAAGUCCUUAGAGACCUUAGAUAAUUCCUUCUUUACGGUUUUGCACAGUAUUUUUUUUUUUAAAUAAAAAAGGCAAUGUUAAAAAUG